AUGCCGGCGAAACACGUAUCUGGGUCUCUUAGCUGGUACCUCUGCUAUCAGUAUGGUAACAACGUUAACAACAUAAAGUGGUACUGCUACUAUUGCAGGUCUAUCACUACCGCCACCAGCACCGUUGUUAAUGCUAUCGACACUAUUACAGUUCGGUCGAUACUGGAACAGGUUGAGCUGUGGCUUCUAUUUCAAGCCCGCAACACAUUUUGCACGUAUUUGGGAUGCAGUCCCCGUUGUUCUCCUCGUCGUUCUUGUUGGACAAUUGAUGGUUUCAGUCCGUAUUUAAUUUUCUUUGCUGGAUUUCUUACGAGCAAACUUUGCCUACCUCAUCGUCGUGCAGAACUUAACUCCCUACCUAACUUGCCUUUCUUCCAACAGCAUGUUAUCAUGCGGUUGCGGAAACCGUACACCGUCGCCACAAUUUGGUCUAGUGGAAAAAUAUGGUGUACCGGUGCCAGUUCUUUGGCCAAGGCCAGACAAGGUGCCCGACGCAUUGCCCGUCGAAUAUCCAAGGUGGGCUUCCCCUGCCGGUUCAGCAACUACCGCAUUGUCAACAUCAUGGCUACCUGUCGCUUACCUUUUCGAGUGCGGCUGGACCAACUGGUUAGGGAACGUCCAAAGAUCAUGAGCUACGAGCCGGAACUGGCGCCUGGGUUGAACUUCAAGGCGGAUAAGGAUUCCAGCACUUCCCUGAAACUCUUCUCGACGGGUCGUAUUGUUAUAAUGGGUAAGUAUUUACACUCAUACUAUGCAUUCACUUUUUGCGUCUCGAAUGUCUGCUGA